CAUUAUUGUGCCCUCCAUUUAAUGAUAUUAAAAUGUCUAUUAAUUCUAAUAAAAUUAAUAAAUGCUAACAACAACCAUACGAACUGCGUCAAGCUUCUUCGAUAACUUUUCUCACUCUCACUCUCAUGACUCAUACUCAGAAAAUUAAAAAUGAAGACUUGGAACUUCAGAACAUGUUAGGAGAGGAUGAAGCAACCCAAUUAUCCUCAGCUAAAAUGCCAUUUUCUGAAACAACGGAGCCACCUAGUACAAGUAAAUAUAAAUGGAAAUCGUGCUCUAUUGCAUAUUACUUUGACACCAUGUCAAUGUGCUUGACAGCUGCAAAUCAGCUCCGACAUUACUACCGAUAUGGCUCUAUGGACGUAUGCAAGGACUAUUGGAAAGACUUUAAAUGGUGCCUAAGUACUAAAGUAGUGGACGCAGCCGAGGAACAAAAACGACUGAAACAACGAUAUAGGGAUCUUUGGACAGAAAUUCGAAACGGACCUAACAGUGAAGACAUUUGGACCGUUCGACCAGACAAAGACAUAACGAGGGAUCAGAGAGAAGAUUAGCUGAUACUGUUUUCUUCAUCGAAUCUAGUAUCCUCGAGAUUGUAGAAUAGUAAAACUCAUCAUUUCCCUUUGGUAAAAGGAGGACGAAAAAAAAAAUGUGAAAUUUAUAGAUUUGCAAAAUUGGGACAGAAACAAAACAAAUUAUGUAUAAUUCUAUAUAACAAUGAAAUAAAAUAUGCAUGUGCAUACAGAAGACUGAAUGAUACACUGC